AUGGACCUGAGUCUCCUGAGGAGAGAGAGGACCAUCAGAGCUCAGAGCUUUUCAGUGGUCAGCAACAUCCGGACUCCGCACGGCAGGUAUGAACAUGGACAACGACUGGAGCAGAAGUUCCUCAGCUAUCUGUUCAUCUUGGACGGUCUGGACGAGUGUCGACUCCCUCUGGACUUCAACAGUCGGGUCCUGACAGCAGCUACAGAGUCCACCUCAGUAGACGUCCUGCUGACCAACCUCAUCAGGGGGAAGCUGCUUCCCUCAGCUCAGCUCUGGAUCACCACACGACCUGCAGCAGCCAAUCAGAUCCCUCUUGAGUGUGUGGACAUGGUGACAGAGGUCAGAGGGUUCACUGACCUCCAGAAGGAGGAGUACUUCAGGAAGAGGUUCAGAGAUGAGGAGCAGACCACCGUCAUGUCUCACAUCCGGAGAUCACGAAGCCUCUACAUCAUGUGUCACAUCCCCAUCUUCUGCUGGAUCACUGCCACAGUUCUGGAGGACAUGUUGAAGAGCAGAGAGACCGGAGAGCUGCCCAAGACCCUGACUGAGAUGUACAUCCACUUCCUGGUGGUUCAGGCCAAAGUCAAGAAGCUCAAGUACCAUGGAGGAGCUGGGACCGACCCAGUUUGGGAUCCUGAGAGCAGGAAGAUGAUGGAGUCUCUGGGAAAACUGGCUUUUGAGCAGCUGCAGAGUGGAAACUUGAUCUUCUAUGAAUCAGACCUCACAGAGUGUGGCAUCGACAUCACAGCUGCUGCACUUUACUCAGGAGUCUUCACACAGAUCUUCAGAGAGGAGAGAGGACUGUACCAGGAGAAGGUCUUCUGCUUCAUCCACCUGAGUCUCCAGGAGUUUCUGGCUGCUCUUCACGUCCACCUGAAGUUCUUCAACUCUGGAGUCAAUGUUCUCCAUUCACAACAAAAAUCCAAACCGUCAAACAUUUUCAGGAAGAAACGUCAUCCAGGACAGUUCUACCAGUCAGCAACAAGUGUUGCUUUAGAAAGUCCAAAUGGACAUCUGGACUUGUUCCUGCGCUUCCUUCUGGGUCUUUCUCUGCAGACCAGCCAGAGGCUCCUUCCAGGUUUGUUGACACAGACAGGAAGUAGCUCCUGGACCCAUCAGGACACAGCAGAGCUCAUCAAGAAGAAGAUAAGGGAGAAAGUGUCUCCAGAGAGAAUCAUCAAUCUGUUCCACUGUCUGAGUGAAGUGAAGGACACUUCUCUAGUGGAGCAGGUCCAACAGCAGCUGAGAUCAGGACGUCUCUCCACAGAUCAACUGUCUCCAGCUCAAUGGUCCACCCUGGCCUUCAUCUUACUGUCCUCAGAGGAAGAUCUGGACGUGUUUGACCUGAAGAAAUACUUUACUAGUAAUCACGCUUUCCUGAAGAAUUACCCUCUUUCAGAGGAGGCUCUUGAGAGGCUGCUGCCGAUGGUCCAAGCUUCAAAGAAAGUUCUACUGAGCAACUGUGACCUGUCAGAGAGAAGUGGUUCCCUUCUGUCCUCAGUCCUCAGCUCUCCGUCCUCUAGUCUGACACAACUGGACCUGAGUGAGAACAUCUACCUGAAGGAUGCAGGAGUGGAGCUGCUGUCUGCUGGACUGAAGAGUCCACACUGUCACCUGGAGACUCUCAGCCUGAGCUUCUGUGGACUGUCAGAGAGAAGUGGUUCCCUUCUGUCCUCAGUCCUCAGCUCUCCGUCCUCUAGUCUGACACAACUGGACCUGAGUAAGAACAGGGACCUGGAGGAUGCAGGAGUGGAGCUGCUGUCUGCUGGACUGAAGAGUCCACACUGUCACCUGGAGACUCUCAGCCUGCGCAGGUGUGGACUGUCAGAGAGAAGUGGUUCCCUUCUGUCCUCAGUCCUCAGCUCUCCGUCCUCUAGUCUGACACAACUGGACCUGAGCUGGAGCAACCUGAAGGAUGCAGGAGUGGAGCUGCUGUCUGCUGGACUGAAGAGUCCACACUGUCACCUUGUCCCCGCCCCUCAGUACCUGAUUGACAUGUCGCAAAUACCAUGA